UCGCGGGAAACGCCACUCGGCAGUAGGCAAGUGUCGUUGGUCGCGAGUGGUCAAGAUUUUGGUCCUAGCAUUACCUCGCUUGCUUCUUCCUCGCUAAACAAAGGUGAACCGUAUCGCAGCAUCUCACCAUGCCGCAGGCCGACACCGUUUUCCAGUCCCGCUCGGACGGCAUCUCGGCGGAGGGUGUGCGUGACCAGUACGCCGACGGUAAGGCGGCCAAGGUGUGGGAAAUUUUCAUCGGUGACAAAAAGUCCCGCACCGAGAACUAUCGCAACUUUCUGGUGGAAAAGCUGCGGGAGAAUGGCGUUCGGCGCAUCCUGGACGUUGCGUGCGGAACGGGCGUCGACUCGAUCAUGCUGCUGGAGGAAGGGUUCGAGGUGGUGUCGAUCGAUGCCUCGGACAAGAUGCUCAAGUACGCACUGAAGGAGCGUUGGAAUCGCCGCAAGGAACCAAGCUUUGACAACUGGGUUAUCGAGGAAGCAAACUGGCUCACCCUGUACGACGACAUCAAGCAUCUGCUGAACGGUGGCUUCGAUGCGGUCAUGUGCUUGGGCAACUCUUUCGCCCACUUGCUGGACAAUUUCGGCGACCAGCGCGAACAGAUCCAGGCCAUUCGUAACUUUGAGAAGUGCGUCAAGCCGGGCGGCCUGCUGCUGAUCGAUCAUCGCAACUACGACAACAUCAUGAACACUGGUGCAACGCCUGCCAAGUGCAUCUACUACAAUAGCAGCCACACGACGGACAUCAAAACGUCGGUACUGUACGUGGCCUCCAAGCCGACGCUCGUCACGCUGGACUACCAGAUCAGCACGGGUAGCGAUGUGAGCGAGUUCCGAUUAUCAUACUACCCGCACAAGCUGCGCAUCUUCGAGGAAAUCCUGCAGACCAUCUUCAAGCGCGCCAAGUCGCACGAAAUCUACGGCGACUUCAAGCCACUGACCGGUGUGUCGAAUCCGGCAUUCUACAUUCACGUAGUGCAGAAAGCGUCAUCAUAAGGCUCAUUAGGUAUCUGCAAGCUUUGCAUCUCCAAUCCAACGGUCUCCUUAAUAAACGUAACUCACUGCUGCUGGGUGGUGGGUUUUUUUUCCCCAGCCCUACAAAA